AUGUUGUCUGCCUCGCCAGCGGUUGACUCCUCUCUUCCUACUCGAGAUCCUGUCUUCUACUGGGACACGAUCGUAUUGCAGGUCGAGGGCACGCUGCUGCGCCUUCCAAGGGCAUACCUGGAGCAGGAGUCGGUCUUCUUCCGCGACCUGUUCUCUAUUCCAGACCCGCCGGAAGGCGACAUUCCCCAGGACGGGAUCAGCGAUGAGAGGCCUUUGAAAAUACCGCCGCAGGUUUCCCUCGAGGAGUUCCACGCUUUGGCAGAGAUCCUGUAUCCUCGGACACUGCACAUCAACCGCAGCCCUGAGCUCACGCAAGAGCACUGGACAGGUGUGCUGAAGCUGAGCGACCUGUGGUUGAUGGACAGGAUCAAGACACUGGCCGUCGAUGCUCUGGCCCAGCCACUGAGCGGCGAUCCUGUGGAGAAGAUCGCCCUCGCGCGCGCGUACAAUGUCCACGACUGGUAUUAUCAGGGAAUAUGCAAACUGGUGCAACGCCAGAAGCCCUUGUCCUCCGAAGAUCUGGCGCGACUAGGGCCAGCAUUGACGAUGAAGAUCUGCGAGUUGAGGGAAUGCUUGGUCUUGAAGGAGAACACGUCCCGUUACGGAGCCUGCGGAAGUUGGGAGAUGAAUGACAGGCGAGGAUACGCCACAUGCGACGCAAAGGUCAGCAAACGUGUUCGCGACGAGUGCGCCUCGCUGCUUUAAUAGCUGGCCAUGGUAAAGCGCCACGGUAGCAUACAUAUUUGUUGUGAGGUGAAAUCCCGAGUGUAAUUCUUGCGUCGCUGUCACAGUGGCCCUUGUCUUCGCAGCAGAUACAUUGUCGUAGCGCCAGCCGAUAGAACACGC